AUGGAAGCGUUUACAUUUGCGACCUCAACGCAAGUUAACUUCCCCGUGCACGUCAAGAUUGGUGCGUUAGAAGGCAAACAAAAACAACUACCGUAUUCGACCCUCCUUAAAAACCCCGAACUGCGGCAUUUGGCCUCGAACCAAAGCUCCGUGUCAGAUUUGUUCAUAACAGUCCAGCUAUGGUCUGAUUCCAAGCCUUUGGGCGUUCCUCUGCAGACGUCAUACAAGUCUUUCAAGGCGAGCCGGACAUGGAACGAAUGGUUACAGAUGCCAGUGUCCGUCAAGGAUGCGCCUUUACAAUCGCAGUUGGCCAUCACAAUCUGGGACUUAUCGCCCUUGGGAGGGAACGCUUCCUACGGGCACGAUGUUCCAUUCGGCGGGACCACAAUAUCUCUAUUUGAUGCGGAUGGCAAGUUACGGAUGGGAAGACAAAAAUGUAAAAUUUACAAGAACAAAGCUGCCGAUGGCUUCUCUUCGACCACCACCCCAGCGAUGCCACCUGCCAAACGUCGGAAGAUAAACGAUUCGAUCCCACUCGAUCAGUCCGCUGAAGAACUGGAACUUGAACGGAUUGAAGGGCUCAUCAAGAAACAUGAAAUGGGAGAGCUCCAUCGUAUAGACUGGCUGGACCAGUUGGUGUUUCGUCAAUUGGAAAAGAUCAAGAUCGGUGCAGAAGAAGCUGGUAGAAAACGAGCUGCUAGGCUACAGGCAAUUAAGGGCACAGGUGGACAGAGACACGAGGGAGAUGGAGAAGGAGAUUCGGAGGAUGCCGACUUCGACGACGAGAACUUUGUCCUAUAUAUCGACUUUCCUCGUUUUGAUCACCCCAUCAUUUGGGCAGAUCACGACUAUCCUGCUCCUCCGGUUUCGUCUUAUUCACCGCACACGCAAACAAAUCAACAUGUCCCCCAUAAGCCACCGCCGGAAGUUCAGUUGGGCCCAGGAAUUGAAGACACACACGACGCAGGCAACAAUCGAGUCGUGAGAGUUUACGACCCAGAAGCUGGGCAAACAGGGAACCCCUGUGAAGACAAACACAGGAGGCUUGUCCGAAGCCACAGAACGGGCACCAUGGAUCGUGACCUGAAACCAAACCCCAAGAAUCGGGACGAGUUGAAUGUCAUAAUGUCAUACGGCCCGGCACAUGAAUUAACGGCCGAAGAAAAAGAUCUGAUCUGGCGAUUCAGAUAUUACUUGACACGGGAUAAAAAUGCACUCACGAAAUUUGUCAAAUCAGUAAACUGGCGAGAUGCUGGCGAGAUUCGACAGGCAAAGGAAAUUCUGCCUAAAUGGACUGAGAUCGAUGUGGAUGAUGCCUUGGAGCUACUUGGACCAACAUUCGAUAACGGCGAUGUUCGUGCAUAUGCCGUUGACCGCCUGCGAAAGGCCGGCGAUGACGAACUUCUUCUAUAUCUGUUGCAAUUAGUACAAGCCUUGAAGUUUGAGAAAACGCCAGAAGAUAGUAUAGAAGAAGUAGCACACGACUCGUCUCUUGCGAAUUUUCUCAUUGCCCGAGCUGCCAACAAUUUCAUGCUGGGCAACUAUCUUCAUUGGUAUCUCAUGGUGGAAUGCGACGAAACGGGUAUCGCCAACAUUGAAACGCAUCGGCGGCUAUUUGCAAGAGUUGAGUUCUAUUUCAUGACAGAGCUGGAGAGGGUUCACCCUGAGCAUCGAAAGACUCUCUUACGACAGGGCGAACUGAUCACUGUACUGACACGGGUUGCCAAGGAGAUACGUUUCUCCAGGGAAAAUCGUGCGGUGAAAAUCGAAAAAUUGAAGAAAUAUCUGAAGGACCCUAAAAAUGAAAUCGUCAAUAUUGAUCCGCCUCUCCCUCUCCCUCUAGAUCCAAGCGUCACGAUAACUGGAUGCUAUCCCGAAGACUCCAACGUCUUCAAGUCUUCCCUCUCCCCACUUCUUCUUAACUUCAAAACUUCUGAUGGUCGCAAGUACCCUGUUCACUUUAAAGUCGGGGACGAUCUCCGUCAGGACCAACUGGUCAUUCAGAUUAUCACACUUAUGGAUCGUCUGUUACAGAAAGAGAACCUGGACCUUAGACUAACACCUUAUCGCAUACUAGCGACAGGGUCAACAGCUGGAGCUGCACAGUUCAUUCCUUCAACGUCUCUUUCAGCGGCAUCAGCUAAAUAUAAAGGCUCUAUUCUUGCAUAUCUUAGAGCGAACAACCCCGACGAAUCCGAACCACUCGGAGUACGUAGGGAGACGAUGGACACUUAUAUCAGGUCAUGCGCCGGCUAUUGUGUCGUCACAUACCUUCUCGGUGUUGGCGAUCGUCAUCUUGAAAACCUCCUUCUUGCCCCGGACGGUCACUUCUUCCAUGCUGAUUUUGGCUUUAUUCUUGGUCGAGAUCCCAAGCCGUUCGCGCCAAUGAUGAAACUCUGCAAAGAGAUGGUCGAGGGAAUGGGCGGCGCUGACUCCCAGCAUUAUCUUCAAUUCAAACAACACUGCUUUACGGCAUACACCACUCUCCGCAAAUCAGCAAACCUGAUUCUCAAUCUGUUUAGUCUCAUGGUUGAUGCUAAUAUCCCAGACAUCAGGGUUGAGCCCGACAAGGCUGUGCUUAAGGUGAAAGAGCGCUUUCAUUUAGAGCUAACAGAGGAAGAGGCAAUCAGACACUUCGAACAGCUGAUCAAUGAUAGUGUAAAUGCUAUUUUUGGUGUUGUCAUUGAUCGGCUACACGACUUUGUGCAGGGAUGGAGAACUUGA